UUUAACUAGGUUUUUCACGCUGAAGCCGUGGCGCAAUAGAAGAGACGUGCAAGUAGUGGAAUAAGACGCCAAAUGGACCUAAGUUCGCUCGAAAUUUGAAACUGUAUUUUUUACGGUCAAAGAAUCGAGGUUGGCACUAAAUUUUAUUACUUUUGUGCUUUUGUCUGCAUCUGUGACUACAAGCUACUGUGAAAGAACGCUUCUCUUCCAUAAGCCUAACAUGGUGAGGACAAGCACUGUUGAAUAAGAAUAGUUUGUAUAUGCCAAGAGAUUCACGUACGAAAACUCGCUUUCACUUGAACUCUGUAAGCUUUCACAGAAUGCUCAACGGCGAUGUUGUUGACGAUGACGCUAUGAGCGCCGAUAAAGCCGAAGAGUUGUUCAAAGCUAGACCUCAACCUUUCUACGGUGAAUGUUCGCAGUCUGCCCAAGAUGGUGUUUUUGAGGAUCAAGAAAUUGAGAUGGAGGUACAGUUUCGGAGUGCUCACUCGAUAGAUUUCAAAUUUUUCAUAUCGGAGCUUGCUUUGAAGUACAAUAAUAAAAGUAUUGCGGACGCCUUCAAUAUUUCUGUAAAGCAGGUGAAAGAAUGGCGGAGGCAAAAUUUGCUCUUGAAGCAGGCGUAUUAUGAGAAAAAUGUUGCUGCGAAAGUAACCAAAGACAAACCUGAUUUGAGUUUCACUGACCAAAAUAUUUCUGCUUGCUCUACCUUGACCAGUUCUGUGUAUUCUUCUUCUGUUACAGCUGUUCCACAACCAACCAUGUCAGAAGCAAUUAAUUCAAAUUCAACCCCAAAGCCCAGAAAGAAGUCAUCUUAUAGCUCUGAAUACAAACUAAAAGCUGUUGCUUAUGCCGAAGUUACAACAAACCGAGCUGCUGCUAGGGAAUUCAAUGUACAUGAGAAAAGGAUUAGGGAAUGGAGGAAAAAUAAGGAAGUACUGAUGAAUUCACCAAAAGAUUGCAGAAGACUGAAAGGUGCAGGAAGAAAGCCCUUUGUGAACCAGCAGCUAGAAGAAAAAUUGUAUAAUUGGUUGAUUGUCACAGCAAAAGAGAGAACCUCAAUCUCAAAGACUGAUCUAAAGCAAAAGGCAAUAGAAAUUAAUCUAACACAAUCCCUUAAUACAAAAUUUACAGCAAAUGAUUCUUGGGUUGAUGGCUUUUUGAGAAGACACAAUUUGAACUUAAAAAUGAAUGAAUGUUCAUCCAGCAGCUCUGAUAACAAAAGCUGUCAAUCAAAUAUCUCAGAAACAUAUCCAUUACCAACUAUGAUAAGAAAUGAACAAGACCCAUUCGAUUCUGUGGAAACAAGAUACAGCCUGGUCAGUUGCCCUGAAGCCCAGCAGGAAGAAAACACAAAUGAUGACUCCUCACGAUCCAUUCCAUAUUCAAAACUGCAGUAAUUGAACAAUUGAACAAAAGUGAUGCAAAUUGUAUAUGUGUUGAGGAAAUGUGGCACAUUUGAGAAUAGAGACAAAUGUUGAACAGCAACUUAAAAUGGAACACUAAUCAACCUACUUGGUAAAACUUUGGUGUAAACAAACAUUUGACAAAGAACAUUAAAAAACAAUUGUGGGAAGUAUAGUGCAACUGGGAUUUUUGCUUUGUACUUUUGAAAUAAAAGUUUUUGUUUUUAGAAAAUAAUUGUUAGCCCAAGCCAUCUGCUGGUUUGGCAGCUUGCUUCUUUGUACAUGGGUCUGAAUUAUCUACAAAUGCCAUUAAAUUUAUGUACAGUAGAGAUCUGCAAAUAAGAACCUGGUUUUUCAUGAAAUUAGGCAGAAAUACAAUUUUUGGAGCCCUGUAAAAUCAGCAAAAGGCUCAAACUGGAAAAGGCUCCUAGAUAAUGAAACAUCUAUACAGGCUGUCUGUUCAUGAAGUACCAGCUGCAGUUGUUGAAUAAGUAAAAGGUGUCUAAAUUCUUUGAAGAUUCUAACUCCCCUUUGCCCAUAUUGCAUAUUAUAGGUGAUCCAUAAACACUACAUUGUGAUUCAGUCAAAAAUUAAUAGAUGAUGUUAUACUUGCCUGCCCAUUUAUAAUUUUUGUUGUAAUAUCUGCUUUAUGUUGAUUUUAUGGAAAAAAGUUCCUUUGUAUAUAAGAAGUUUUUUGAAUUUCAAAAGACUCCCCCCCCCCCCCAGUAAGUUCCCCUCGUACAGAAACCUUUAAGAACCCUUCAGAAAUAAAUUUAUCAUUGACAUUUGCAAAAUAAAAGCUUUUUAGGCUGCCUAUGAAAAAGUUAGGUUCUCUUAUGCAGGGUCUAGUGUAAGUAUAUACGCUUUUGAUAACCAUGCAUUGUAAAUAAUAAGAUUUAAACUUUCUUAGCAAAUCAGCGUGACCAACAGAAAUUUUCAGACUUGUGUGAGAAUUAUGGUUUUUUUUCAUAAUAAAUCUCCAUGUUGUAGACUUUUCUUUGCUUGUUUGAUAUCUCUCUACAUACAACAUGAAGGAGUCAUGCUAGGGGUUUGUAAGGGUUUGUUUAUGCCAUUGUUUUACUAAUUGCAGUUAUCAACCAAUUAUGCUCUACUGCAUUUUGCUAAAUUUUGAAUUGUAAUUUAUCAAUCGGUCAGCUACAUUGACAAUAUCAUCAAUUUUGUACUUGUGUCAGUUUUCUACAUUUUAGAUUGUUCGUUAUGCGAGAUAUUUCAUUCAUGUUUACUUCAUCCAAAUCCCUCAAUGUAAUAAUUAGGAAGAAAUUUGUAUAUUUGUAUAUUCAGCAGCAAUAGAAAGAAAUGUGAUAACAAUUUUCAUGUUUCCCAUUAAUUUCCUUUUACUACUAACAAUAGGUUUGGUUAAUAGAUUCUAUGUUCUGCAUGAAGGGUGCCAGAGUGUUCUAUAUUCCCUGCAUAUCAAAAUACAGGGCAGGGCAUAGGCCUGUUGAUUGGUUUCAAAUAAGCUACAUUGUACAAUUCUUUUGUCCAAUAAGCUUUUAGUCGAGUGUCAUGAAUCAUACUUCUUAAGGAUUUUUCUGGACUUCUCCUCGAAAGCAUUGUUAAGCAACAUAUUUUGUAUAAACAGAUUUCUUAACUUAUUCAUAAAAACAGAAUAAAUCGUCUUAAAAAUUUUUACUCUCAAAUUACAACACUUUGAUAGAAAAGAGAUAGACAACCACGUUAUAUUUCCGACAAAAUCAGAAGUUUUCAAGACAUAUCAUUAAUACUUUGAAAGGGGGGUUUUCACCCCUCUGAGCCCCUUAUGCAUUGCAUAUGCAACAAGCAAAUUAGGAUAGCCAUGGAGAUUGUUCUAAUGAAAUCAUUUUCGAAAAGGAACUUUUCGCCAUACCAAGCUAAAUGUGAGAGAAUCAUUUCUUGAUUUGCACCUGCUGCCUUACUUAAUCAUUAAUUCAGCAUCUGCUUUGCAGUUGCUUGCAAUUGUGUGAACACUGGAAACUCUGUACUGCUUCCAAAUUGUUUGAAAAACGGGUCACAUCAGUGCCGUCGGAACGAAAUUCAUAUUGGGGGGCUGCCCAUUGUUUUCCUUCUCAUUCAGUACACUGUGGUAAAGGAAACAUACUACAGUUUGACAAUUAUUGGGGGGGCUCCAGCCCCCCCCCCACCGGUUCCGACAGGCCUGCACAUGAUGGGAACAACAAAAUUAAAUUAAAGAAAGCUCAAAUUAUUACACCAACUACAUUGGCAUUAUAGGAAAUGUCUAAGAAAUGUCAACCCCAUUAGCUUGUUACUUUUCGUCAUUCUCUACCAUUUUGUACCUUCUUUCUGUACCAUUAAAGUAUACAUUACCGUUACCCAUAAGACGAAGAAGCAUAUACAUUUAUCACGUCCAGCGCGAUUCAUAUCCCUGUGAGCCAGCCACGUAGCUGCAGGGGGCAUGUGUGUGGGGGGGGGGCUGUGCCCC